GUACAUGCAUGUUAAAAAAGGUUGUCUUGGCAGCUGUAUAUUAACACGCAAACUUUCUGCAAAUGUCCUUUCAUCAUGAAUAUAUUAAUAUCAAGUGUUCGCCGAUUUGGACCAAAGUUGUGCAUGCGAUUCAAUAUGCACGUAUACUCGUAUCUGAAGAUUACACGAGUACUUAACCCGGUGCGGCGUUGUCAUCUCCUUUGUGUUUGUUGUAUUAUUACAUCUUGUCUUACAUCAGAGAUAGUAGAAUCAAUCUCAGAGUUUCAACAAAUGAACUAUCUACGGGUAAUGGUUUUCCAGGUGAAUUCGAGGCAUUUGCCACCGCAGACGUAUCACGUCCGAUACCGGUCAAGUUCAAAUCCGUCGAAGACGAACUCGAAGAAAGACGGCAAAGACUUCACGGAGUCUGCGCAAAGCUAGGAAUGAGCAUUUCCGACAACCCUCAAAUAUGGAACAAUGCGUCCCUCCGUAUUCGCUUGUACGUGGACGACACAUAUAGAAUGUUGUAUUGCCCUAUCCAUAAGGUUGCUACGGCAAAUUGGAGGCGAGUUUUAAUGGUCUUGGCCGGUGACGUCGAAAACGCAACUGAUGUCGGCAGGGGACACUACAACGAAUACGCUAAGAAACAUCGCCAACUAA